CAGCGGCAACGCGCGACAAAAUGACCACCGCAACGUCUUCCUCCACCUUUCUCCUCCCAACUUCACAGUUCCACCACCGCCGUCAAUGUACAACUCUACUAUGCACCAAGUCCUUGACCUUCACUCCACUCGCUUUCCCUCCUCCCUCUCUCCUAAUACACCGCCGUUUCACUCCUUCCCCCAUCUCUGCUUCUCUCAAGGAAAAAAUUGGGGGCAUUAAAAAGACAUGGAGUGAUAUAAGUAGCUUGAACUACUGGGUGGUUAAAGACUAUUACAGACUUGUUAAAUCCGUUAAUGCCCUUGAACCUAGACUUCAAAAUCUCUCCGAUGAACAGCUAAAAGCACUGACAAUGGAAUUUCGGGUCAGAUUAAACCGGGGAGAGACAUUAGCUGAUAUUCAAGCUGAGGCUUUUGCUCUUGUUCGUGAAGCUGCAAAAAGGAAGCUUGGAAUGCGCCAUUUCGAUGUUCAGAUUAUUGGUGGAGCUGUGCUUCAUGAUGGUUCAAUUGCGGAGAUGAAAACUGGAGAAGGGAAAACCCUAGUAUCCACUUUAGCUGCAUAUCUCAAUGCCCUCAGUGGGGAGGGCGUUCAUGUGGUUACAGUUAAUGAUUACCUUGCUCAAAGAGAUGCUGAAUGGAUGGGUCGUGUGCAUCGUUUCCUAGGUCUCUCAGUUGGACUUAUACAAAGGGGGAUGACGCCCAAGGAGAGAAGAUCCAACUAUGGAUGUGACAUAACCUAUACUAAUAAUUCAGAACUUGGUUUUGAUUAUUUACGAGAUAAUCUUGCUGGAAGCAAUGAGCAACUUGUGAUGAGAUGGCCAAAGCCCUUCCAUUUUGCAAUAGUUGAUGAAGUUGAUUCUGUCCUCAUAGAUGAAGGACGAAAUCCUUUGUUGAUAAGCGGUGAGGCAAGUAAAGAUGCUGCAAGAUAUCCAGUUGCUGCUAAAGUUGCUGAACUGCUCAUACGAGGACUUCAUUACAACGUGGAGCUUAAGGAUAAUUCUGUGGAACUUACAGAGGAAGGAAUAGUGCUAGCUGAGAUGGCUCUUGAAACAAAUGAUCUAUGGGAUGAGAAUGAUCCUUGGGCUAGAUUUGUUUUGAAUGCAUUGAAAGCCAAAGAGUUCUACAGGCGUGAUGUCCAAUACAUAGUCCGAAAUGGGAAGGCUCUGAUAAUAAACGAGUUGACGGGUAGAGUAGAAGAAAAAAGGCGGUGGUCUGAGGGCAUCCAUCAGGCUGUAGAGGCUAAAGAAGGCCUGAAAAUUCAGGCUGAUUCAGUUGUUGUGGCCCAAAUCACUUACCAAUCGCUAUUCAAACUAUACCCGAAGCUUUCAGGGAUGACCGGGACUGCAAAAACUGAGGAGAAGGAAUUCUUGAAAAUGUUUCAAAUGCCAGUUAUUGAAGUACCCACAAAUCUGCCAAAUAUUCGUAAAGAUUUACCCAUUCAAGCUUUUGCGACUGCUCGAGGAAAAUGGCAACAUGUUCGUGGAGAAGUUGAGUCCAUGUUUAGGUUUGGUCGUCCUGUUUUAGUUGGGACAACCAGUGUCGAAAAUUCUGAACUUCUAUCAGCUUUGCUGAGGGAAAGGAAAAUUCCCCACAAUGUCCUCAAUGCACGCCCCAAGUAUGCAGCAAGAGAAGCUGAAAUUGUUGCCCAGGCAGGAAGAAAACAUGCAAUCACCAUAUCAACAAAUAUGGCUGGCAGGGGGACUGACAUAAUCUUAGGGGGAAAUCCAAAGAUGCUUGCUAAAGAAGUCUUGGAGGAAAGCUUGCUCACAUCUCUGACCCAGAAAGUUCCCAAUGUUGAAAUUGAUGGAGCCCCAACUUCGGAAAAGGUGUUAUCUAAGGUGAAAGUCGGACCAUCAUCACAAGCUUUGCUAGCUAAGACUGCUCUGAUAGCUAAAUAUGUAUGCAAAAGUGAGGGUAAGAGGUGGACAUUAGAGGAGGCAAGAAGUAUAAUUUCUGAGUCUGUUGAGAUGAGCCAGUCAACAGACUUGAAGGAAAUACAAAGACUUGUUGAUGAACAGGCAGAAAUGUACCCUCUUGGUCCAUCAAUAGCUCUUACAUAUCUAUCAGUUCUGAAAGAGUGUGAAUUUCACUGUUUCAACGAAGGAUUAGAAGUGAAAAAGCUUGGUGGUCUUCAUGUCAUUGGGACAUCUUUACACGAGUCCAGGAGAAUUGAUAACCAGCUACGUGGCAGAGCAGGCAGGCAAGGGGAUCCUGGAUCAACAAGGUUUAUGGUGAGCUUGCAAGAUGAGAUGUUUCAGAAGUUCAAUUUUGACACUGAGUGGGCAGUAAAACUUAUAUCAAGAAUCACAAAUGACGAGGAUAUCCCAAUUGAGGGUGAUGCAAUUGUGAAACAGCUUUUGUCCCUACAAAUUAAUGCUGAAAAGUACUUCUUUGGCAUACGGAAGAGUCUAGUAGAAUUUGAUGAAGUUUUAGAGGUGCAAAGAAAGCAUGUCUAUGAUCUUCGCCAAUUGAUAUUAACAGGUGAUUCUGAAAGUUGUUCACAGCACAUUUUCCAGUACAUGCAAGCAGUGGCAGAUGAAAUUGUUUUCAAGAAUGUUGAUCCAACAAAGCAUCCAAGCAGCUGGAGUUUGAGCAAGCUGUUGAAGGAAUUUAAUGUCAUUUCAGAGAAAAUAUUGAAUGACUCAUUCUCAGGGGUUACUCAGGAAGCCUUGCUGCAAUCACUUUCUCAACUUCAUGAGUCAUAUUCUGUGAAUAUAAAUGACUUUCACCUUCCUAAUUUGCCUUUACCACCAAAUUCAUUUCGCGGUAUCCGUAUGAAGAGCUCAUCAUUGAAACGCUGGCUAGCCAUAAUAUCUGAUGAUUCCACAAAAGAUGGAAAGUACAGAUCGACCGUUAAUCUUCUUCGCAAGUACCUUGGAGAUUUUUUAAUUGCUUCAUAUUUAGACGUGAUUCAAGAAUCAGGGUAUGAUGUUGCAUAUGUGAAGGAAAUAGAGAGGGCAGUUCUUGUGAAGACCCUGGAUUGCUUCUGGAGGGAUCACCUUGUAAACAUGAACAGGCUUAGCUCAGCUGUAAAUGUGAGGAGCUUUGGGCAUAGAAACCCUCUUGAGGAAUAUAAAAUUGAUGGUUGUCGAUUUUUCAUAUCAAUGCUUAGUGCAAUAAGGAGGGUAACUGUGGAAUCACUCUUGCGGUAUUGGUCAUCUCCAAUGGAGUCUCAAGAAUUGUAUUUAUCAUAGAAGAAUAUUGGUUUCUCUUGCAAAUGUAGAUAUGCAUAGUAAUGGUUUUCAAAAUACGUUUAUUUUCCAAGAUGCGGUGAAGUUGAUUCAUUUGCACAGAAAUAUAUGUUCACUACAUUGCAGAAAAAGGGAAUCAAGAUUAGUUUGAACAAUGACACGUUACAGAACUGCGUGACGUAAGUCAGCAAGAUAUUAGUCGAGAUUGUUUUCCCAUUAACAGAGAAAUUAGAUGAAAUUUUUCAGCUCUGCAGGGGGCUGUGUAGAGAUGAGAUGUAGAUCUGCAGUUCUGAAAGUAAACUAGUUCAACACAGAAAGCAAGGAUUUUAUUGCUGAAGGCGAGAAAUGAGAAGAUUAGGAAAAGCCUCUGCUCGAAGGCAAGGAACUCAAUCGACAUCUGGUGGAGCCCUGUGCUGAAUAAGUAGAAGUUAAACUCGCCAAUCCUCGACUACGAAUAAUGGCAAUCCUCGACUACGGAUAAUGGCAAACAACAUUCUUGAGAUGGCAAGUCGUACAAAUGGCACAAGUUCAGAGUUUUGUGCAAAAAUGCCCAGUAAAAUGUAGAAAUGGUGAAGAUGCUUGGCAGCAUACAGAACAGAUUUAUACUCUCAGGCUUAUGAUUGUAUUAUUUAUUGUUAUACAAACUUAUUAUGUGACAUUUAUAUAAAUUAUUAGUCAUAGUUAGACGUAAGUAAGUUAUUUCGAAAUCUUUUAUAAGUGUUGCAAAAAUAUUAUUUGAAGAUGAUGCGUCAUAUAAA